CAGCAGCAGCAGCAGCAACAACAACAACAACAACAACGACAACGAACAGCAGUGGAAAAUCUCAAAUACGCGGUAAAUAGAAAUUGAAAUCGAAAAUAGAAAUUCAAAUGCAAAUCGAAAAAGCCAUGAAAUAACAAAAAGAACCGCAACAACAAAAAUAUCUGAGCAGAGGCAAUAGCAGCAACAACAACAACAGCAGCAGCUGCAGUAAAUAACAAUCAGGAAAAACAAAACCGCGUCAACAACAGCAACAACAAAAAACAACAGGACCAUAAUGGAGGUCCUGCAAUUGGCCUUGUUUGUCAUUUUGAUAAUAGCCAAUUGCACAGCCCAAAACCAGCAUCACGAGUUAAAUUCACAAUUGGAUCCCGAUCCGGAAUUCAUUGGAUUCAUCAAUAAUGUUACAUAUCCAGCUGGUCGUGAGGCUAUUUUGGCCUGUUCUGUACGCAAUUUGGGCAAAAAUAAGGUGGGCUGGUUAAGGGCUUCCGAUCAGACGGUGUUGGCAUUGCAAGGACGUGUGGUUACCCACAAUGCCCGCAUAAGUGUAAUGCAUCAGGAUAUGCAUACUUGGAAAUUGAAAAUUAGUAAAUUGCGUGAAAGUGAUCGAGGGUGUUAUAUGUGCCAGAUAAAUACAAGUCCGAUGAAGAAGCAAGUCGGUUGCAUUGAUGUACAAGUGCCGCCGGAUAUCAUUAAUGAAGAGUCAUCCGCUGACCUGGCCGUGCAGGAGGGUGAGGAUGCCACGCUUACCUGCAAGGCCACAGGUAAUCCCCAACCUCGUGUCAUAUGGCGACGAGAGGAUGGCGAAAUGAUACUCAUCCGCAAGACGGGCAGUCGGGAGCUAAUGAAGUUGGAAUCCUAUAAUGGCUCCUCGCUCAGAUUGCUGCGUUUGGAGCGGCGGCAGAUGGGUGCAUAUCUGUGCAUAGCCUCCAAUGAUGUCCCACCGGCAGUGAGCAAACGAGUCUCCCUCAGUGUGCAAUUUGCACCAAUGGUGCGUGCACCAAGCCAAUUGCUGGGCACUCCUCUCGGCUCUGAUGUGCAGCUCGAAUGCCAGGUGGAGGCCUCACCCUCGCCUGUGUCCUAUUGGCUAAAGGGGGCACGGACUUCGAAUGGAUUUGCCAGUGUGUCCACGGCCAGCCUUGAAUCUGGUUCACCUGGACCAGAAAUGCUGCUCGAUGGGCCCAAAUAUGGCAUCACAGAGAAACGAGAUGGCUAUCGCGGAGUCAUGCUGCUGGUGGUCCGUUCCUUUUCCCCCUCCGAUGUGGGUACCUAUCACUGUGUCAGCACAAAUUCGCUGGGACGAGCCGAAGGCACUUUGCGGCUAUAUGAAAUCAAGCUUCAUCCGGGCGCCUCGUCCAGCAACGAUGAUCAUCUGAAUUACAUAGGAGGACUCGAGGAGGCGGCACGCAAUGCGGCAACAAGGACCACAUACACGUGGCUCACGUGGUUAUCGCUGCUGUCACUUUGGGCACUGGCGAGAGGAGCGUGAUAUCAAAAUUGAGCUGGAGUCGGCAAUCAAGUAUUCCUACAGAUUCCCUCUGUAAACACACAUCAAAACACACACGACGCCUAUGUUUAUAUUGUUUCAUUUUUCGGUUCGGGUAAAUGAUAAAAUGCAAAAACACAAAACACAAAAAACCCCCCAAAAAAAAAAAAGA